AUCCCACGAGGCCGUUACGUUAAACGGGGGUUUCGUAUUUCAGUAAAACUGGUAUUCCACCGCUAUUAAUAUCUGUAGCUACUACAGCUUUCAUUCACGUCAAUCUUCCUACCUCGCUUAUCCGUCGCACCGAUUGGAUCUCCAGCGAAGUCUGCCGCAGAGUUUCUCGUCUGCUCAUUGCGAUCGUUUGAGAAUCAGUUAGUAUCUACUUGACCAUGAAUUCUCGAAGGGACCGUGGUGCUAGAGCUGCUCUGUUUGAUGGCAUUGAGGAAGGUGGAAUCAGAGCUUCAUCAUCAUAUUCUUCUCAUGAGAUUGAUGAGCAUGAAAAUGAAAAGGCACUAGAUGGACUGCAGGAUAGAGUCAUUCUGCUUAAAAGACUGUCAGGUGACAUACAUGAGGAGGUCGAGACCCACAACCGCGUGCUGGACAGAAUGGGCAAUGACAUGGAUUCCUCAAGGGGAGUGUUAGCUGGAACUAUGGAUAAAUUUAAGAUGGUGUUUGAGACCAAAUCAAACCAAAGAAUGUUCACCCUUGUGGCAUCAUUUGUGGUUCUGUUUCUGGUGGUGUACUACCUGACUAGGUAAAUGGUCUGACAAGAGUUGGGGUAUCUGAUCUCUUCUGGGGGUUUGUAGAACGCUGUUGAUGAUACCAGGCUUAAAAGUAAUCAUGCUCUCUGUCUAUAUCACCAACCCACCUGAGUUUGAUAUAAAAAUGUAUCUUUGUAUAAAAAUGUUCGGUGCAUAAUACUUUCUCAAGUUCUGUCUUCUAGAAUGGAUAAUGAUAUCAACUCUAGUCGUUAUUACCUUUGUUAUAGAUAUCUCAUAUACCGAACCAUGAUCUUUUGUUGAAAUGAAUACAUCAUGUUUUGCUGGCUCACUGUUUCACACUAUGAGAGUAUAAUAUCUCUGAAAGUAUAAUACGAAGUAG